AUGGUUCCCUAUAGUACGCUGUUGAUUCUUAUAGCAGCUGUUGCGUUCAAAAGUCUUCUUUUCACAGCAUAUCAUUCCACAGAUUUUGAGGUCCACCGAAAUUGGCUUGCCAUUACUCACAGCACCAAGUUCUCACAAUGGUACACAGAGGCUACCAGUAUAUGGACUUUUGAUUACCCUCCGUUCUUUGCAUAUUUUGAGUUCCUGUUAGCACAAAUUGGCAAUAAGGUAGAUCCAAAUAUGACCUUCAUAUCAGCGGAACCAUAUGUAUCUCCUGGCACAGUAUAUUUCCAACGAAUUACGGUAAUUGUGUCGGAACUACUACUUUUGCACUCGAUUUCCAAGUUGCUAACCAUUGUAUUCGGGCCCCUUGAUGAAAAGAAGGAGCCAAUUUAUCUCACUGCAUUCUCAUUAUUCGCCUUUAAUUUCGGUUUAUUUAUUGUCGAUCACGUUCAUUUUCAAUACAAUGGAUUUUUAUUCGGUAUUCUAUUUAUUUCGAUAGUGAAAACUUUUCAAACCGACUACCUAUGGAGUGGGUUCUGGUUCGCAGUUUUGCUAAAUUUCAAACAUACUUUUUUGUAUUUGGCUCCGGUUUACUUUGUCUUCAUGCUGUCUCAUUACUGUCUUAAUAGAGAUAGUCUAUCUAUUAAGGUUAAGUGGAACCACUUACUGGCAAUGGGGUCUCUGGUUUGCUCAGUCUUCGCAUUCUCAAUUGGGCCAUUUAUCCUGAUGGGGAAGUUACCAGAUCUCUUAUCUAGAUUGUUCCCUUUUAAUCGUGGAUUGUGUCACACGUAUUGGGCGCCAAACUUCUGGGCUUUAUACAACCUUGCUGAUAAGGCACUAAGUGUAUCUGGACUAUUUCCCAAUUACUGUUCAAAAGAAUCUCAAGAAGUAUCAUAUAAUCACGUUUCCAUGACCAGUGGUCUUACAGGAAAUUAUCAGCAUCUUUGUCUUCCAACUAUUCGGCCUAUACAUACAGCUUUUCUGACUGUUGCCUAUAUCAUGCCUGGCCUGGCCAUCUGUACAGUUCGAAAUACCUCAAUUAAAUCUGGUUUCACCCUGAUUCUCUCAAUUGUUUCAGCCGCAUGGGCUUCUUUUCUAUUUGGAUGGCAUGUUCAUGAAAAGGCUGUGCUUGUUAUCACCCUCCCACUAACACUUCUAGCGAUUGUUUCACGUCGUCUGCGAGGUCUUUGUUUUUAUGUCACAACGAUUGCUCACUUCAGUCUACUUCCGCUUAUCUUCACUUCUAAUGAACAACCAGUGAUAUUAUCCUUCUUCUUGCUCUAUACCCUCGUUCAAUAUCUCUUACUGGGACGUUCAUCAACCCCAGUCAGUAAGGGCUUUCUGGCUAAAUAUUGGCCUCAUCUCACCGUUCUCGGGAAAAUGCAUCUCCUCGGCCUGAUUCCCCUCCUUUUCAUCACUCGAAUUGCCCUUCCACUGUUUUAUCCUCGACUUGAAUUUCUUCCUCUAAUGAUGGUUUCUGUCUACUGUGCAGUGGGACUUAUAGUGUCCUUCUUUAUCUACACUUGGAUUAAUUUCUCUUGGAUGUGGGAUGAAAAGGUGGCGAAAUUGGAAGAGGAGAUAGAGAAUGCGGACUAUAAUGCAAAGGCGUCAUUUUUCAAGAAGAAUGAUUAG